AUGACCCACCUUCCUUAUGUAUUUCAGUCUCCUGACAUCGACAACCAUCAUGCGCUCAUUGAAUAUAAUGAGGCCGAGGACAGCUUUGUUCUCCAGGACUUCAAUUCCAGAAGUGGCACCUUCGUCAACGAGUGCCACAUUCAGAAUGUGGCCGUGAAGCUGCUACCCGGAGACAUCCUGAGAUUUGGGUCUGGAGGGCUGACCUACGAACUGGUCAUCGAAAACCCAUCCUCGGUCUCCUCCCCAUGGAUGAGUGGCCCGGUACCUUGGCCAAGACCACAGCCACCUGUGGCCACACAGCAGUCGCAACAGUCCCCCCCACCUCUGCAGAUGCCCUUCCCCCUGGGGAUCCGGCCCGCACCAGUGCAGAGGAGCUGGUCCCAGGGGGUUCCCAGGCCCACCAUGGUCCCUCCUGCCUGUCACAAGCGGCCCAUGAGCGCCGGAGGGAAGAUGUUCUCCUUUGUGAUGGAUGGCGUCCACAGGCCUCCCAUCAUCAAGCAAGGUAUUCGCUCGCACUUCCAGUGGUGGUUUUGGGGAUGACCUUAUAGCCACGCGGUGUGGACCAACGCUGUGGAACUGUCAGAACCGUCAGCGGCCGAAGGGAUUCCUGAGGCAGGACCUUCCGGGGAGAUUUAUGCGGACCAGGACUCAGACCAGCAGGAUAAGGAUGAAAUCAUUCUGCUGCUGGGGAAAGAAAUCAGCCGUCUCUCGGAUUUUGAACUUGAAUCCAAAUACAAAGACGUCGUGAUAGCGAACCUGCAGAACCAAGUGGCCAACCUGAGUCGGAGGCUGUCGGAGAAAACCUCCUCCAGGCAGAAGGAGAGGGGCACCUCACAGAACUUCCAGGUUUUGGAUGAAGACAUCGAUGCGAAACAGAGAGAGAUCGAGAGCUUGAAAAGCCAGAUCAGCGCCCUGCAGAAAGGCUACAACCAGGUGCUCUGCCAGACCCUGUCUGAGAGGAACUCAGAAAUCACAUCCCUGAAGCACGAGGGCGAGAACCUGAGGAAGGACAAUGCCGUCACCUCAGGGACGGUGUCAUCUUUGCAAAAGGAAGUGUCAACAAGGGAUGAGCAAAUUCAGCAACUCACACAAGAGGUGAACCAACUAAAAAGUGAGAACAAAGAAAAGGAACAUCAGCUUGAAGCCCUCAGCUCCAGAUGCUACAUGCUGAAAGAAGAACUGAGAAAGGAGGAUUCUCAGAAGGAGCACCAGGAAGCCCAAGGGAAAGAGUUAAAACUCUGCAAAAUUCAAAUCCAAGACAUGGAGAAAGAAAUGAGGAAGCUCAGGGAGGAGCUGAAGAAGAGUUCUACUGAACAGAACAUGAUCUCCAAAACGCUGCGAGAAAAGAGUAAGGUAAGACAAGGACAGGACCCAAACAGUCAUCAAAGCCUGCUUGCCACGCGCGGGCUUGCCGGCUCCGGGCGGCCCCGCCGACUCUUGUCGCCUUCCCUUUCUGUGCUACAGCUGGAGCAUUUCAGAACUCAAAUCAUCAAGGCCACCUACGGACAGGUGAAGCCGUUCCUGGACAGAUCCGUCACCGAUCAGCAGGUUUGGUCGGGAGCGCGGCCAUCCGGGUGCUGGUUUCUGGCGCGCGUCUGGGCUCCUCAUGGUGUCGUGUCUUGCCAGGCUUGCAUGAAAAUGUCCUGCUGUAGCAAGGACCUGAAGAAGGAGGUGGACGUGCUUCAGAGCCUUCGGGUGAGCCCGCCCGUUUCAGGGCUCCAGAAGGUGACACUGGACAUCUUGCGCCUGGCGCUGUCCUGGCUGGAGGACACGGAGCGUCUCCUCGGGGACGUCGGGAUCCAGUUAUCCAGCUCCGACGCAGGAUUGUCUCUGUAUUUGGAAUAUCUUCUGAUACAUUACAAGAAAAUUACAAACCAAAGCCAGGAACUUCAGAUCAAGAUCCACAGCUCUCAGGAAGCUCAGCAGUCUUUCAUGCAAGAGAAGCUGCAGGAGCAUCUGGCAGAGAAGGAGAAGCUGAAUGAGGAUAGGCUCCAGCAAGAGGAGAAGCUGAGAGACAGAAUCAAGCAGCUGUUGGAAGAGAAGGAGCUGCCCCGUCUGCCCCGUGGGAUUGUGGUGAGCAGCAAAAAGCUACCCUUGCAGUUCCUGGCACAGAGUCCAGAUUCCUGCCAUGGUAACUGUGUCUAUCAAACAAUGGCCAUUGGAUUUCAGGUUUGGGAGGAAAGCAUUGCUCAAGAGAAAAACAGAGGGAAGGAAGCAUUAGAAGAUGAACAGAAAAGAGUCCAAGAGCUGGAGAGUCGCUUAACCUGCCAGAAGGAGAUCUCAGAGAGCAGCAUCGCCUACGAGAAACACAAAGCAAAAGAGGCCAUAGAGAAGGAAAAGAAAAAGGUGCGAGAUCUGGAGAACCGAAUAACCAAGCAGAAGGAGGAAAUAGACUUGAAAGUGCAAAAAGAAGAUGUUUUAAAUAAUAAGUUAAAUGACGCGCUGGCCAUGAUAGAAGAGAUUCAGAAAACCAAGAUGGCUGAGAGCCUGAAAGCUGAGAGCCUCAGCAUGAAAUUAAACGAAACGUUAGCCGAACUAGAAACGGCCAGGACAAAAAUGAUCGUGAUGGAGGAGCGGCUGCAGCACACAGUAAAGGCCCUCCGGGACGAACAGGAAGCACAGAAACACGGAUUUGAAACUGAAGUCGUGGAAUACAAGGAGCAAAUCAGACAGCACUCCCAGACGAUCGUGAGCCUGGAAGAAAGGCUGCAAACAGUGACCGCGCGGCACAGAAAGAUAGAAGGAGAGAUUGCAACUCUGAAGGACAACGACCCAGCCCAGGAGGAGGUGAUGCAGCGAGAGCCCCCCGCGGUGCCUCCGACGGAGACCAGUGUCAAAGACGAAGUGGGUGACACCUUGAUAGGGGAUCUACUGGCCGCUCAGAAGGAAAUCCUGUCUCAGCAGGAGGUCAUCAUGAGGUUGCGGAAAAACCUCACGGAAGCCCACAACCGAAUGUCAGACUUGAGAGGUUUGGCCUCUCAAGAGAAACACCGAGUCCAGCUGCACAAGGAAAAGGAACAGAAGCCCAAGAACAUGACCCAGAUGUGUGACAUCUCAGUGCAGAUGGAACCCGUCCACACUGACAUUUUCUCGAGCAGUCAGGAGGAAUCCUUCAGUGAUCUAGGGGCCAAGUGCAAAGGGUCCCGACAUGAGGAAGUCAUUCAGCGUCAGAAAAAAGCCUUGUCUGAACUGCGUGCACGAAUUAAGGAGCUGGAGAAGGCGUCCUCAGCAAAUCCUAAGGAUCACCCGAAUGAAUCAUUUCUAGACUCAAAGGCUGUCAGAAUGGAAACAAAUGUCCAGAAGACAUCGGACGCAAAACGUGACGUGCCAGCUUUCUCAAGAAUAGAGAUCAGAGCGCCUCAGAACGGCCCUGUCAACUCAGCCGUCCCGGACGUCAAGUCAGGGAAGAUGGAUGUGGUUGAGGCUUUAGAUCUCAGUGAAAAGUUGUACAUGGACAUGAGCGAAACACUCGGGAGCCUGAUGAACAUCAAGGACAUGUCAGGUCACAUAUCCAUGAAGUACCUCUCCCCCAAAGAGAGAGAGAGAGUCAACCAGCUCCGACAAAGGGACCUCGAUCUGGUGUUCGAGAAGAUCACCCAACUCAAGAGCCGGCUGGAGAGAAAAGAGGAGCUUUUGAGAGGCUACGAGAAAGACCUAGAACAGCUCAGGCAGAGCAAAGUAUCCGUGCAGACGUACCAGUCACAGGUGGCCAAGCUGGAGGACAACAUCUACAAAGAGGCCGAAGAGAAGGCCCUGUUGAAGGAGGCCCUGCAGCGCGUGGAGCUCCAGCUGUACCAGGAGAAGAGGUUCAACAGGGCCAUCAGGCAGCAGAAGGUGAGAGGGCCCGGCGGGGAGCGCAAGCUCUGA